AUGCGAUUGGAUUUCGUGGAUUUCAACUUGCAAGGAGCCACGGUCGAUGGGCUUUGUGCGAACGAUCUCUUCACGGUCUUGGGUGGGACAUCCGUCGCGCCUUCCAUCUGCGGUGUCAAUACCGGAAAUCACAUGUACGUGGACGUGGGACAGACGACGAAUUCCGUUUCCCUCACCGUGACGACCAGUGGAAGCAGCUUCCCCAGAUCGUGGAAGAUCAAAGUGACCCAACUCCCCUGUAACACAAACUAUUUGGCCGGCAGUGGCUGCCUUCAAUUCCACACGGGAGUCACCGGACAGGUCAUGACGUACAACUUCAACUCUGCCCUUGGCCAGGAGCUAGCCAAUCAGGACUACGGCAUUUGCAUCCGAAUGGAAGCUGGUUAUUGCGGCAUUCAGUAUGCUACAUGUACAGUGGCCAACGAGACCUUCACCCAGGCGUUCAGCGUGAGCGGCACGACAGUCAACACUAAUCCAUCGUCCCAGACGGGAUCUGCGAAUUGUCCAUUCGACUGGGUUGUCAUCCCUUGCCUAACGAAUGCCCAAGGAGCAGCUGGUGCAACCCAGGUUACUCCGUUCGCCACCCAACCAUGCGUAGAUCGAAUCUGCGGCACAUUCUUCUCAUCUGGGCAAGGACAGGGAGCGCCACCUGCCUACCUGGGCCCUUAUUACAGUUACCGGAAGCCCUUCGUCAUAUACUAUCACACAAACGGGCAGGAAACUGCACAAAACGACUUGGGCAAUCGAGGUUUUUGCCUUCGCUACACUCAACAGCCUUGCACUGGGACGGUAGGAUAA